AUGUUUGACUUACCUUUAUCAUAUUCCGUAAUUCCAUCACAUCCGCCAACAUAUAAUUAUCCAUCCUUUUUACGUCAUUUGUCUUAUUUCUCAUUCAUUGCCUCCAUACAAGAAUGGUGCGCUGUAAAUAAUAAUUGGAAUCCAUAUGCUAUGCGUAAAAUUGUUCAAGCCUUAUUUCGUCUUUUCGCGAAAUUUUCUCCAGGAUUAGAAACCUUGGUUUUCGUAAUGGACAUGGAUAUGAGUCUGGAUCUCGCUGCAAAUGGCUUCUUAUUGUUCGACGAAAAUCAUCAUGAUUUUGAUGGGGUCAUUACUUCUGCUAAUUCGACUCUUAAUGUAAAAAGAAAUUUGUCCAAUUUAUUGGAUCCUAUCGUAUGUAAUUGGAUGUCACAUAUCAAAGAGAUUGAAUUGGCCGGAGAUUUCAUUAUUGACCAAAAUUUUCCCGUUUUGUUGACCAUUUGUAAGGACCUUAAGAAAAUGGAAAUUAGAUUGCCUGAUUUUGAAUACGACGAUGAUGGAAAACAUUAUGAUUGUAGUGUUGAAAUGUCUGCUCGAUUUUUAAAAAUUCAACGAGGUCUUAAACAUUUCACGCUUCGCGAAUCACAUUAUUCAAAAGCUAUCGGAGCCGCGUUAAUACGUCAAAAAUCUUCUUUACGUCACGUAGAAUUUAUUGACACGGUGUUUGACAAUCAAUAUCCAUUAGAUUGGCUUCCAUAUUGUAAGCAUUUGGAAUCAUUAACAUUUGUUGAUUCAGAAAUGUUGAUCCCCAAAAUCUUGACCCCUCUUCGAUUGGCACCUUUAAAGAGACUGAAAUCGUUGGCGUUUAGAGAAGAUCCUGUUCCAACUGAUACUUUACAAAUCCUUAUUCAUUCAAGUAAUGUGAAUUUACAAGAGAUUGUAUUCGGAUGGCCAGAAGAUUGCAGGCAGGAUGGUCAUUCUUAUAUAUUAGAUUCCAUCUCAAAGUUUUGUCCAUUUCUAACAAAAUUGGGUGCUACAAUUGGUCGUCACGAAAUUUCCGAAUUAUUCCUUAUAUUAAGUAAUUGUAGAUAUUUGCAGUGCUUGGAGAUUUAUGGCAACGGAUGUUUGUUGGACGUUAAUGAAAUUUUACCAGAAUUAGGCAAAUUCCUUCCCACCACUUUAGGUGAACUUGAUAUUGGUGCAAGGUGGAGAUUUAGAUCUGAUAUUUUGGCUCGUUUCUUGGAAAAUUCUAAGCAUGUUUCUUUGUACAAGUUUGUCAUUCGGAUCUGUGAUUUUAUAAAUGAGGAACAUCUUAGAGUGAUUGUGAGGCAUUCUAUGAGUUCUUUAAAAUAUUUUACUUUAUGGAAUAAAAAUUUUUCCGUCACUCAAGAUGGAAUGGUGAAAGCAAGUGAAUGGUUGAGAAAAUCCGUUUCUUAA